UCACCCGCAGUCAGUUAAAGGCAGUAAAAAUGUUCUCGUGUGGAUUUGUAUUUAUUUAUUUAUUUUUUUGAAUUUGUACGAAAUAGAUUUUAAUAUUAAGAGAUAUAUGCAAGUGGAUGUAAAACUGGAUAACAGACUUAAAUUGCAGUAUUAAAAGUGUAUUUGGAAUUGCAUUGCAAUGGCAAGAGGAAAGGCGAACACCUCUGUCCCCAGUAAAGGUAAAGCAGACGACUCUACUCGGACCACAGAGGAGAAAGGGACAAAGGAAAACACGCCCGAAAUGAACCGGGAUAUCAUUUUAAAUGGGCAGCCUUCAAUACGCAGUUUCUUGAGUCCAGGCAAGUCUGGUCAUAAACGCUGCCCACUUCAAGAUGAAAACUCUACCACUCCUAGCAGUGAAGCAAGGUGUCUAGGAAAAUGUGCUGUAAAAAACGAAACGCAGAAGAAAGACCAAGAGAAAAAGACAGCUAUAAAUGCCGAUGCUACAAAAUUUGAAGAGAAGGAAGCAGAACAGUGUAACGGAGCAGUCACUACAAGUAAAACGGGAUGUGUAGCUGCUUCUGUACACUCCAACACAGACGUCUCUACACAAAACGGUGCUGACCGAUCCAAUGUGAAGAAAGACACUCCACGCAAGGUCAAAGCAAAACAGUCCGCACGAAGAGGAGCUGAGAGCAAAGGUUCCCAAAACCGGAAAGUAACAGACUAUUACCCAAUCAGAAGAAGCUCUAGGAAAAGCAAAAAAGAGUUGCAGUUUGAGGAAAAGAAACAUAUUGAUGAAUUAAUCAUAUGUGGAAUAGAAGAUGGAAUGAAGGUUGAACACAUUGAAGGAAAAGGGAGGGGUGUGUUUGCUACUAAACCUUUCCAGAGAGGAGAGUUUGUAGUGGAGUAUCAUGGAGACCUUAUUGAGUUUACAGAUGCUAAGAAAAGAGAAGGAAUGUAUGCACAAGACCCCACAACUGGCUGCUAUAUGUACUACUUCCAGUACCUGACUAAAACAUACUGCGUGGAUGCUACAAACGAAACCAGUCGUCUUGGACGACUAAUAAACCACAGUAAAAACGGAAACUGUCAAACCAAACUUCACGACAUUAACGGAAUACCUCACCUGAUACUUGUUGCCUCUCGUGAUAUAGAAAAAGACGAGGAGCUGCUUUAUGACUACGGCGACAGAAGCAAAGCCUCACUUGAAGCGCACCCCUGGCUCAAACAUUGACGUCCCCUCUUGCUGUAAUCCAAGAUGUUGUGAAGGGAAUGUGCUAAUGAUCUUUCAUAUUUUAAAGAAUUGGACCAUUUUUAAAUCUUCCUACGUUGCAUUUUGCAGAUUAAAUUAUUAAAAAAAAUAAUAAUAAAAUUAAGGCAAGCUUAAAUGAUAGUCCAUGGUCAUCCAGUACUUUUUUUAAAAAUAUAUAUUCAUGCUAUAUUUCAAAGUAUUUUGUAUACAGAUAGGGCAAGUGCUUCCAAAGCAUGCAGUUGUAGUACAGGACUUCUGUGUUGUCGGGUGUUUUUUUUUUUUUUCUCUUUUUAAUAGAUAGAUGUUUUCAUAAUUUCAAUAUACUAGUAGCUGAGGGACAAGAUAACUGUAUGCUUAGCAAUAAUAUAAUUAUUUAUGGUACCAGAGUAAGAUGUUACAGAAACUUCCAUGAACUGAAAAUGCUGAUGAAUGCAUACAUACUCCAUUUAAAAACUGGAAAGUGACUUUUUUUUGUCAUUAAAAAGUGUAGUUUUAAAAACUUGAAAAACCUUUUGUACCUCUUAAUGCACAUCUAUUAAAUGUUCCAAUCCAAAUGCUUCAAUUAAAAGUAUUUAAAUAAA